AUGCAUCAUGGCCAGUUGUCAGGCGUACUGAAGUUAAAAGGUUCGGAGUUUCCUGUUGCAGUUUUACCAGAUGUGGCAGCUAAGGAUGAGACUAAGUAUUGUGUGGCCAUGUUCUCCUACACAGCUGAAUCAGAUGAUGACAUCACUGUCGAUGUGGGAGAGAAACUUGUUGUGUUGGAUAAGGCAGACUCCGAGUGGUGGAAGUGUGCCUGUGGGGACAAGAGUGGAUUUAUUCCUGCUAAUCAUUGUCAGGAAAUCCAGCCAAGACAACAGAUAGCCCACUCUAUAUAUCAGUUUACUGCUGAAGAAGAAGGUGAACUUAGCUUCUUUGCCGAUCAGAUAAUAAUUGUGACUGACGAUGAAGAAAACGGCUGGUUAGUUGGCAUGAUCGGAGAUCAAUAUGGUGCAUUUCCAGCUUCUUUUGUUGAACUGUUGCCUUCAUAACGUACUGUGCAAAAAUGGCGUAGUUAAAUACUUUAGUUGUUAUUAAUUUAAUGUAGUUUUUAGUUUUUAUUAUGCAUUCGUAUUGAUGUUUUUAUUUUGUGUAGAGC